CGGCUCGCCGAGAGACAGGUCGGCGCAGGACGGGCGGCUGUGCCCACGGCCGCGCCUCGGCGAGACCCGCAGCUCGAAGCGGCCGAAAGCCGCGGGAUGGCGGCGUGCGGUCGCUGGGAAGCGGGCGAGGCUUUCGGAGCCCCCCUGAAAGCCUGAAUAUCUGAGCUGAGGUCGCCGUUAGCUUACGGCAGCGCUGGGAGCCUGCUGCUGAGGUCAGCGGCGCAGAUAUUUGCACUCCUCGUUAUAUGCAGAUUCCAGAAUUUGACAACUUAUACUUGGACAUGAAUGGCAUUAUCCAUCAGUGCUCACAUCCAAAUGAUGAUGAUGUUCACUUCAGAAUCUCAGAAGAUAAGAUUUUUGCUGAUAUUUUUCACUAUUUGGAAGUACUAUUUCGCAUUAUUAAACCAAGGAAGGUUUUCUUCAUGGCAGUUGAUGGAGUAGCUCCAAGAGCAAAAAUGAAUCAGCAGCGUGGGAGACGUUUUAGAUCAGCAAAAGAAGCAGAGGAAAAAAUAAAAAAGGCAUUAGAAAAGGGAGAAACUCUCCCUACAGAAGCCAGAUUUGACUCCAACUGUAUUACACCAGGAACUGAAUUCAUGGCCAGAUUGCAUGAGCAUCUUAAAUAUUUUGUAAAUAUGAAGAUUUCCACAGACAAAUCCUGGCAAGGAGUAACAGUCUACUUAUCAGGCCAUGAGACUCCAGGGGAAGGUGAGCAUAAAAUUAUGGAGUUCAUCAGAUCAGAAAAAGCAAAGCCCCAUCAUGAUCCAAAUACAAGACACUGUCUCUAUGGCUUAGAUGCCGACUUGAUUAUGCUGGGAUUAACAAGUCAUGAGGCACACUUUGCGCUCUUAAGAGAAGAAGUCAGAUUUGGUGGUAAAAAAUCUCAAAGAGCAUGUGCACCAGAGGAAACAACAUUUCAUUUACUGCACUUAUCACUGAUGAGAGAAUAUAUUGAUUAUGAAUUUUCACCAGUAAAAGACAAGAUUUCCUUUGAAUAUGAUAUUGAAAGGAUAAUAGAUGAUUGGAUCUUAAUGGGUUUCCUUGUAGGAAAUGAUUUUAUUCCUCAUCUACCUCAUUUACACAUUAAUCAUGAUGCACUGCCGCUACUUUAUAGAACAUACAUGGCUAUCUUGCCAGAACUGGGAGGUUACAUAAAUGAAAACGGGCAUCUAAAUUUAAAACGCUUUGAGAAAUAUCUCACCAGAUUGUCAGAUUUUGAUCGUGAACACUUCAGUGAAGUCUUUGUAGACCUGAAAUGGUUUGAAAGUAAAGUGGGCAAUAAAUACCUCAAUGAGGCAGCUGGUAUUGCAGCAGAGGAAGCCAGAAAAAAUAAACAAAAGAAACAAAAGGCUCAGGAAAAUUCUAUAUGUUUGGCUGCUUUAGAAGAAAACGAAGGUGAAGUUUUGACGCCUAAAACUGUGUUGGAAGAUGAACCAGAUGAUGAUGAUCUGUUUGAAACUGAGUUUAGACAAUACAAAAGAACUUACUACAUGACUAAAAUGGGUGUAGAAGUAGUUUCUGAUGACUUCUUGGCCGAUCAAGCUGAAUGUUAUGUCCAGGCAAUACAAUGGAUUUUGCAUUAUUAUUACCAUGGAGUUCAGUCAUGGAGCUGGUAUUACCCUUACCAUUAUGCACCUUAUCUGUCAGAUAUUCGCAACAUUGGUGAACUCAAAAUCAAAUUUGAGCUGGGAAAACCUUUCAUGCCAUUUGAACAGCUUCUUGCUGUACUUCCAGCAGCUAGCAAAGAUCUGCUACCUAAGUGCUACCAGCAUUUGAUGAUCAGUCAAGACUCUCCUAUUAUAGAGUAUUAUCCACCGGAUUUUAAAACUGACCUAAAUGGAAAACAACAAGAAUGGGAAGCUGUAGUAUUAAUCCCGUUUAUUGAUGAGAAACGACUGCUGCAGGCCAUGGAAUCCUGUAAUAAGUGCCUAAAAGAAGAAGAGAAACGAAGAAAUACUCACAGUGCUUGCUUAAUGUACUGGCAUGACAAAGAGGCAGAGUUCCAGUACACGACACCGUGGCCGGAGAAAUUCCCUGCAAUAGAAAGAUGUCAUACGAGGUAUAAAACAAUACCUUUGGAUGCUUGGCAUGUAGAAAUAACCCACAAUAAGAUAACUAAAAUCAACAAGGGUGCAUUAUAUUUUUGUGGAUUUCCUACUUUAAAGCACAUUAAACAUAAGUUCUAUCUUAGAAAAAGUGGUGUACAGGUGUUUCAGCAAAGCAGCCAUGGAGAGAACAUGAUGUUAGAAAUCAUAGCUGAUGAGAACUCAAAAGAACAGAUGGUAGAAAAUGUUGCCAGUUUGGUACUUGGAAAGCGUGUUUUUGUUAACUGGCCACACCUUGAAGAAGCCAGAGUUGUUGCUGUGUCAGACGGAGAAACUAAGUUUUAUUUGGAAGAACCCCAUGGCACGCAGAAGCUUUACAUGGGAAAUGCAGUGCCCCCAACUAAAGUGGCAUACGUUGGAGAUAAGGAACAAAGCAUGUGGUUAAAAGAAGUUCAAGGCAUUUCAGAGCACUACCAGAGAAGAAAAGGAAUAAUUAUUCAUGAAACAUCAAUAGUUGUAUAUGCUCAGUUACUCACUGGUAGCAGAUACCAGCUAAACCAAAACGGCGAAGUUUAUUUGGAGAAGCAGUGGUCAAAACAAGUUCUUCCUUUUGUUUACCAAACUGUUGUCAAGGAUAUCAAGGCCUUUGACUCUCGUUUUUCAAACAUCAAAACUUUGGAUGACUUGUUUCCUCCUGGAAGUACAGCCUUUAUGCUGGGAUCUCCGUACUAUGGCUGCGUGGGAGAAGUUCAAGAUUCACGUGAUGUGAUCACAGAAGGUAGAAUUCGUGUAGUUUUCAAUAUUCCGUGUGAACCCCAGCUUGAUCCUUUAAUACAAAACCAGCAUAAAUAUUCUGUGAAAUACAAUCCUGCAUAUAUUUUGGCCAGCCGUCUUGGAGUAAGUGGGUAUCUUGUCUCCAGAUUUACAGGGAGUAUCUUUAUUGGAAGAGGAUCAAAGAAAAAUCCUCAUGGAGAUCACAAAGCAAAUGUGGGGCUAAACCUGAAGUUCAAUAAGAAAAAUGAAGAAGUUCCUGGCUAUACUAAGAAAGUUGGAAAUGAAUGGAUGUAUUCUUCUGCAGUAGAACAACUGCUUGCUGAGUAUUUAGAAAGGGUCCCUGAGCUAUUUAAUUAUAUAGCCAAGAAUAGCCAGGAAGAUAUCUUCUAUGAAGAUGACAUUUGGCCUGGAGAGGAUGAGAACGGAGCUGAGAAAGUUCAAGAAAUUGUUGCCUGGUUAAAGGCACAUCCUGUGUCUGCUUUGUCUCGCUCAUCUUGUGACUUGCAAAUUUUGGAUGCAGCUAUUGUUGAGAAAAUUGAAGAAGAAAUAGAGAAAUGCAAGCAGAGAAGGAGCAACAAGAAGGUGCGAGUAACUGUGAAACCCCAUUUGUUGUACAGACCAUUAGAACAACAGAAUGGGGUUGUUCCAGAUCGAGAUGCGGAGUAUAGGCUGUUCGACCGUGUUGUCAAUGUGAGAGAGAACUUUUCCGUUCCAGUUGGUCUUCGAGGUACCAUUAUAGGAAUUAAAGGAGCCAGUAGAGAAACAGAUGUACUCUUCGAAGUUUUGUUUGAUGAAGAAUUCCUUGGAGGCCUAACUAUAAGGUGCUCACCUGCCAGAGGUUAUCGUCUGCCAUCAAGUGCCUUAAUUAACCUGUCUCAUGGUAGUCGGUCAGAAAUGGGAAAUCAAAAACUGACGGCCAUAGUUAAGCCUCAACCAGCUGUGAAUAACUACAAUUCAUAUGCAUCUGAUUUGUCAUCUGUGUGCUCGCAAAAAGUGCAUCUGGGAGGCCUCAACCAUUCUCCUCGCUCUCUUUUUGUUCCUACUCAACAACUGAAUGGAAGACAGCAUUACAAUCUCAGGGCUGAAAAUCAGGGCAACUCUAACUCACCCCAGAAAGGAUCAUUUCUGAGUGGCAAUCAGAAAAAUAAAGCACAGAGUAAGCAAGAUGAUGAAUUCUGCAGCAUAUGGCAAUCAUUGCAGAGUUCUGGGAAGUCUCACCACAUUCAGCAAACCAUGCAUGAGAAGGGUGCAGUUCUACCUCAGGAAAUCAAGCUGGGAACUGGCAAUCAGUUCUAUAAGCCAGGAUUCAAUGACAGCAGCUUUAAAGCUCAGCAAAGAAAACAGGAGCCAUAUAAAAAAUUUAAAGAAGAUUCCAAAGUUACAAGAGGUGAAAGUCAGACACAUAAUAAAAUAUCAAACAAACAGAAUUUUGCAGGUGUGAAUAAGUACAAUGUCAAACUUCUGAAGAGGAAUGAAAGUCCCAACAUGCCUGUAAUUCAGAAGGCUGCAGUUGAUGGUCCCUGUACAGGUGGAAAGAAGGACAAUGAACUUGAAAGCCUUCUAGCUUCUUUGAAAAUUUCCAAAGAAAAUGAAGGGCAGACUUAUUCCAAGGAAGCAAGAGCUACAAAUGAAGAACAUCUGUCACCACAGUCAUUUGCUAUGAAAGGAACACAGAUGCUCAAAGAGAUUUUGAAGAUAGAUGGCUCUGACCCGGAAACAAGGAAUGAAGUGAAAUCCCAAGUUAAUGAUGUUCCUGCUCCCCCUAGUAGACAGGAUUGCCAUGGAGCUGCCUUGCAAUAUAGACAAACAAAAAAAAUGGCUGCUUAUGUGCACAAGCCUCAUAGCACUGGAGGCCCUCAGAACACACCAGCACUGGAAACUGGAGGUCACCCUUUCGCUUGUCCACAGCCUGCACCGUCUACUGUUUCUGAACUUUCUCGUAUUUGUUCUCUUGUUGGAAUGUCACAACCAGAUUUCUCUUUCCUAAAAACACCACAGACCAUGACAGUUUGUCACAUAAAAUUAUCAAAUGGCUUGUUGGUUCAUGGACCACAGUGUCAUUCUGAAGCUGAAGCCAAGGAGAAAGCUGCGCUUUUUGCUUUACAGCGUUUGAGUUCUAUAGGAGUAAACUUCCCUUUGCCUCCACCUCCGCCUCCACCAGUGUUUCCAAAUUAUCAACAACUAGGAGUUCCUGUACCGCCUGGAUCUAUUCCUCCAGUAUUCGCACAACCCCCUGCUAAUAUAAUGCCUCCGUCAUCUCACAUGUUUGGCCCAGUGUCCUGGGGAACUCCAGUGCCUAAACAUUAUUAUUCUGGCUCCUAUCCAGGAAAUGUGUCUCUUGCAGGAACUAUAGCAGUUGGUUCUCACAACCAGUUUAUACCUCUGCAGGUAACUAAAAAAAGGGCUGCUAGCAAGAAAAACUUUGAGUUCAAGGAGUUUCAGAGUUCCCCUCAAGCUGCACCACUAAAGAAUGAACAGCCAGUGUCUUCUGACCACAUUCAGCAAGAUAGUUCUUCAGCUCCUUUAAAAUCUCCUCAAGCUGCUCAAUCCACUGUUUCAUUUCAAGACAAUGUGGCUACUCCAAGUGUUCCUCAUAAAAAAUCAACACCAAACACUUCCAGCAAGCGAAAGCCAAGAAAGCUGGCUGUCAAUUUUGGCGCACCAAAAUCUUCAGAAUAAAUAUUGUAGCUAGGUGUAUUUUAUCUUUAACUCUUCCCCCACUGUUAUGUUCUAUCAUUUAAAAAAAUCAGAAAGCUCUAUUAAAAAGACCAGCCACUUUAAGUAUAAUAUAGAAUGAAAUACAUUUUAUUUGCUAUAAUUUUCAGGUUGUUAUGAAAACUAUAAAAAUUUUGUUAAAAUUUAAUUAUUUUGACUUAUAUUAGCAAAAGCCAGGAAAUGCUGAGUUAAGGUUACCAUGCCAUCCAUUGUGCCUAGGUUUCUCAACAGUGGCUUACAUACUAUACCGGGUAAGCAGCAAUAACAGUGGCAACCUUAAUUCAGAAUUGCCAUGCUUUUUGGGAGGGAUAUGGAGCAGUAAUAAGUUGGGCAUCAAACAUUGCUUAGUAUGACAUGUUGUAUUCUAGCUUAUUUUUAAAUAGUGUAAUAAGACAGAAAGGAAAAGAAUAUUUAAAUGCAGCUGUUAGAUUGGCUCUCCAGGUCCUUCUGAGUUGAAUCAGUGUGACUAAAACCUAACUACAGUGGAACUGCCAAAUUCACUUUAACUAUCAACUGCUAGGUUUUAUACCAGAGGGCAACAACUUUACAACUUUCAAAACAUAGGUAUUAUUGUAUCUCUAGUAUUAGAAUGGCAAAACCUGGUUGCUGAUGCAGAAUCCGUUCCAGGAGAUAAAUUUAUAGGAUGCAUUGAAUAAAAAAAAAAGUAUUUGUAAAGUAGACCUCUUUGUUAAAGUACGUUGUUUUUUUUAAUUAAGCGGCAUUAUCAAUUUCAUUGUUUUCUGAUGAUAAAAUAACAUAGAUAUCUACUACAGAUCUGCAUAGCCUCCUAAAAUGCUAGUGAUAUCCUGAUUUUUUUCUAAAUUAUAAAAACGGCCAGUGUUUAAAGAUGUCCGUUUGUGUAGUGUGGCAGUCAAAGUUAUGUUACUUAAGAGUCCAUUCCUCCCUCUAAUAGUCUGUGCCCUGAAACCUUCUCUAUGGUAGGUUAUUUUUUGUUGCUAGUGACACUUAAUAUUUAUUUUUUAGUUUUGUGAUAGAAAUUCUGUGUAGCAAAAUUAAAUUAUCAGAAACUGUUCCUAUCGGUUCCAUAAGAAUAUUCAGACAAAACGCCGACUUGUAUUUUUGGAGGGAGCUUUGUUGUAAAAGUAGUAACUUGAUCAUUCUUCAUUCAUAUAGGAAAAAAAGAAGGCUCAAAGGUCCCUGUGCUAUUUUUAACCCACGUGUACCAUUCUUAUUGACGUUAAUAAGAAAUCUUCAGUCUAAGAGAAAAUUUGAAGCCUCAAUUGGUGCUGUUUACUGACGUUGAUUAAAUUUCAUUUUUCUUCUUUAUUCUAAUCUCUUCCAGAAAAAAUAUUUUUCCUCUAAAGCCUAGGAAGCUUAGAAAUAAAGCAUACUUUAGUUAUUCAUGUUGUUGCCUUCAGACAGGUUUUAUGUUUGAUCUGCAAGUCUGUAGACUUUCCUUCAGUUCCCUUACCUUGUUCUUUGCCUCCAUUUCUUGGUGUCGUACCAAGUUUCACAUUGUUAGCAUGUUAUAGGAUUUUUUUUAUAUUGAUUUCUCCGAAACAGUUGUUGCCUCGGCAGUAUUUGUAGGAUAGCAGCAAGCCCUAUAGAAAGGAUCACAGAGGUAAAAACAAGGUUAAGAAAUUUUAUUUCAUUUUACUUAAUAUCACCAACCUUGUAGAAUAGUCUACAUACAGUUUUAAAAUACACUGAUCUUUAUAGCCAUCUAGUCUCAAGAGGGUUUGAAGCCAUAUUCCAUGAAGGGAAAGUUGUAUGUUUUGGUGAUUUAUUGUCAUUAGCAACACGAGACUGACAUGAUGCUGACAUGCCAAUAUUUUAGAAGUAUGUAUAUGAAAUUUAGUUAUGAGACACAGAUGUUAGUUCCCCAUAUCCUAUCUGAAUCAUCUGAUCAUCAGAGAAAAGAUCUGUUUAGAAAUGCCUGUGGUGGUGAUGAGACUACAUUAGAUUGUUGCAUCACAGAAUUUUGACAUAUCUGGAUAGCCAAUUUAUGCGGAUUCUUUAGAAACAAAGUUAUGAAGGACGCUAUACUCUCAACACCGGUAAACACGGCAAUUUUUAAUUACUUACUACAGACUAAGACCUCCUCUCCCUCUUCAAGUAGAAUUGCUAUAUUUAGUAUAUAUAACAGGUUAAACAAUUCUGUAGCUGCUGCAUAUUGUAUUAGUCCCUCGAUUUUAAUUUAUAUAUUCUAUGAUACUGACUGCCUGGUGCCCAGUUAAUUACAGUUUUACAUGUCCUGAUAGAUGUAACAUCUGCGUUGACCUAUGCCAUGUCCCCUGUGAUUUCAGGUUUCUAUUUUAACAAGGUGGUUAUGUUUAAUUCAUACAGAUAUAAAUUUAAGCAUUUGUUUUUCUCAUAGAUAUAAAGUAUUUUGUAAGCACUGGAGUUUUUCAUUAGAUCUUAUACAGAGCAGUAUUUUACUAAAAAUCCAAAAGGGAAGACUUUUAUGUGUGCAUUUUUGUAGUUUCUGAUUUUUUUAAAAUAACUUUUCAUUGUUUAUCUGCCAAGUGAAAUGUUUUAAAUUUGCAUAUGAAUGGAUACAGAAUGUAUUUUUUGUGCUGUUUAGUGUUAAGUGUGCAUUUGCAGAUUUUUAGCAUGUAGUUGCACAAAGGACUGUGCAAAGAUAUUUUAAAAUAUGAAUAUAUGAUACACUGAAGGAAAAACAUUCAUAAAAGUUAAAUGCUAUAUAAAACUUUAAUGCAAUAGAAUAAUUUUAUAAAUUGUGUCUGUGUCUGCUUGGAUUAAAUAUUGGAACAAGAAACAUUACUUAUUUUCACUGUUUUAUUUCCAAAUACUAUAUGGGAACUUCUGUAUGCUCCAAACCAAAAUUUUAAGAUUUAAUUUAUAAUCUCAUGAAACCCAGUUUCUGUGAUUCUCAGAAGCAGCAACUGCCCAACUCUGAGCUCUUUCUUGGUGGCUUUCAACUAUUACUCAGUUAAAGAUACGAAGUGUGUUAAAAAGGCUGUUGGUCACUUUGCAAUUAAAAGCAUUUAACUAGAUACUGAUCUUCCAAAAUUUCUUUGGCCUCUGUCACCCAUUAGAUUUAAAAAGCAAACAAACAAA